CCAGUAACCAGCAGUGACAGGAGAAGACAGCAAGAGAAGGCUGGGAAGAGGGCUGUCUUUCCCGCACCCUCCCAUUUCUUCGCUCCCCUCACAGGGGAGCGGGGAUGGUGCGGUCCAGCCAGCUGUGGAGCUGCUGAGUGAGGCUGAGAGCCCGUGGGUGCCCGGGGCGGCGACAGCAGAGGGGGGAGCAAACAGCUGGGGGAAGAGCAGGCAGAAACGCUCUCUCUCCCCGCGGCGGCGGCGGCAGCGGUUACUGAAGACGUGGAGAAGGUGAAGAACGAAAGGGGUGGAGGACGCGUUCCCCUCCGCUCCAUUUCCCCCAUCCUUUCACUGUCGUGGUUAAAGCUGGGGUAGAGACACCCAGACGCUUAGCUGCCUCCGCUGUCUCCACCUCCUUCCUUUCGGCUGUUGCUGCUGGCUGAGCUUCUGGGGCUACUGGACUAAGGAGUAGCAACAGCCCUGGUGGUGGCGGCAGCAGCGCCCUGUGGGAGGGGAGAGAUCAGCGGAGCCACUGGCUGCAUUGACUACACAUACUCAGCAGGAGCAGGAAAGCAGCAGCGCGUUGGCUGCUGUUCCUUUACUGCCUGGAUGCUAGAGCUUCCCAAUCAGCCUGCCACGGGCACCCUAAAGGAGGAGGAAGAAGAGGAGGAAGGAUCUGGACAUCGGGGAUAGGAAGAGGAAGGUGAAGAAAAGCGACAAAGCGGUAGCCAUGGCCUCCAACUUUAACGAUAUCGUCAAGCAGGGCUAUGUGAAAAUCCGCAGUAGGAAGCUGGGGAUUUUCAGACGUUGUUGGUUGGUUUUCAAGAAAGCAUCCAGCAAAGGACCCAGAAGGCUCGAAAAAUUUCCAGAUGAAAAGGCAGCUUAUUUCAGAAACUUUCAUAAGGUAACUGAACUGCACAACAUCAAAAACAUAACCAGACUGCCUCGAGAGACCAAGAAGCAUGCAGUGGCAAUUAUCUUUCAUGAUGAAACGUCAAAGACAUUUGCCUGUGAGUCAGAGCUGGAGGCCGAGGAAUGGUGCAAACACCUUUGCAUGGAGUGUCUAGGAACCAGACUGAACGACAUAAGCCUUGGGGAACCCGAUCUGCUGGCUGCAGGAGUGCAGAGGGAGCAAAAUGAACGAUUCAAUGUGUAUCUUAUGCCUACACCAAAUCUAGAUAUUUAUGGGGAAUGCACAAUGCAGAUUACACAUGAAAACAUCUAUCUCUGGGAUAUUCACAAUGCCAAGGUCAAGCUGGUGAUGUGGCCCCUUAGUUCGUUGAGGAGAUAUGGUCGUGACUCAACUUGGUUCACAUUUGAGUCAGGAAGGAUGUGUGACACAGGAGAAGGACUAUUCACCUUUCAAACAAGGGAAGGAGAAAUGAUCUAUCAGAAGGUACACUCUGCAACCUUGGCAAUAGCAGAACAACAUGAAAGACUAAUGCUAGAGAUGGAGCAAAAGGCGCGGCUUCAAACCAGUCUGACUGAACCAAUGACAUUAUCCAAGUCCAUCUCCCUCCCUCGAAGUGCGUACUGGCACCACAUCACACGGCAGAACAGUGUUGGAGAAAUCUACAGUUUACAAGGUCACCGUUUUGGCUCAACAAAGAUGUCCCGGGCACAAACGUUUCCCAGCUACACCUCAGAACAGAAUGAAGAGCACCAGCAGCCCCUGUCGCUGUCUAGCAGCUAUGGAUUUAGCUACAGCUCCAGCCUCAUCCAAUGACACACAGAGAACCACUGUUGACCAGAGAGACAGUCUAGCCUGAAACCUGCCCAUAGGGUCAGGAAACCACUUGUACCCUCUGCAUACAUGGAAGACCAAUUGCAGUGAAAACUGAGCUGUGUCAGUUCUAGUCCUGGUCACAGUUGAAGGUUAAAAACUGGAGCUCUGCUUCCUAGAGUCAGAGGCUAAGUCUUUUAUUUAUUGAAUUUCUUUGGGGAAUCUGUUUAAAGAAAUUGAUUUUGAAUUGUAAGAAAAGUCAUUUAAAUAAACAAAACCCUUUUGGUCUGAAGGCAGUAAAGGCCUCCACAUGGUGGGAUAUUGCCUGGAUUGGGUUGUGAUGUCUUGAGUAUCAGGCACUUUCCACCUGCCUCCUUGGCUGAGAUUUCCUAUUUACACUCCCAAUGACAGAACCUGUCCUUAGUUAAUAGUGGUGGGCCACUGGAAUCACUUCUGUGUUAGAGGUUUUGACAGGAAUACAAUCAGUGAACACCAGAAACAGCAUCAAAACUGUUCAUAUAAAUACAUCCCAUGGCAAUUAAAAGAACAAGAAAUUUAAAACACCAUGUUAAGCAGGGCCCCAUAGCUCUAUUCUGUGUGUAUAUGCGUACAAGUGUGUGUAUGUAGAAAUAUAGAGCCGGAUAUCAAUCUAUCCAUCUAUAUAUAACAAGUAUUUAUAAAAUGUGUGCUGAGGGUGACAGGAUAUGCUCACUUAAAUUGUUGAAAAAUGUAAUCCGGUGCAUUCAAAUUAAGAUUGUUAUGUCAAUAUCUAUUUUUAAAUUAGUGCUGUAAAAAGGCUUCUCAUUAGCAAAAGUAUUUAUGUAAUCAAGUCUGCACUUAUGACAAAUGUAAAUGCGAAAGUGAGAAAGGGGAAUGUGUUUGAACAAAAUGAACAAAUCCAGCUAUCCCACAAUUCAUAUUGUCACAUUCUUUCUGGUUGGUGUUACCCUGGUUUCUGACAUUCUCUGCCCCUUGCCCCUCUUGCAUAUCUAUUUGAAGUAUAAAAAACAUUAUAAUCAUUGAUCAACUACCUGUUUAACCUUCAGCAACAGAGCAAUUUAAAAUGAAACAUUAAGAAAGGAAAAAUGUUUCUAAAAAUGACCUCGGUGAAAUCAUUUUAGAAUCAGCAAAAGAACAAAAUGAGAAAGAUUGCAGUAGAUAUCAAGAUAUUUAAAUUUUCAUAAAUGCCAUGUGCAGAAUGCAGAAUCUCAACCUCCUAAAUAAAGAGAAUAUACUGUUUGAAUUUUCCUUAUGUGACCAGAUCUGAAGUUAUGUUGUAGGCACUAGAACUGACUAUGAAUAUGGAGGAGAUUUUAUCAAGGACCACUUUUUAUCCCCAAUACCUUGUCUGAUCAAGAUAGCCCAAAGGGAAGAAGGAAUUAAUUGUUGUUUUGGGGUAGUCUGAGAAUUUAAGUAAAAAAAAUUAUCCAUCAAUUUUAUGGUGUUUUCAAGACAAAAUGGAAUAUUUCUAUCUGAAUUAUCUGGAUAAUUGUGAUUGUGAUAUGUAAUCAAAAAUAGAUAAAAAGAACUAUAGCAGUUGUUUUUAAUCUAUGUAACAUUAGAAUAAUGUAAAUUUAAAUGACUAAUUAAGAAUCAUUUUGAUUAGAAAAUAAUAUGUUUGCUAGAUGAUGGUAAGGUCUUUAACUUCUAUCCUAAAUACCGUUUUCAUUAACCUGAUUGCUGGCAGAUGAGACACCUUCAGCCAACAAAUGCUGAAUCAAAAGGGCAUGGGUUUGUCUAAAUGGGCAUCACCCCUUACAAUAAACUGUUGAUAAUCUUUCUGUCUCUCAUAUGAGGGUGAAAUUCCCUCUAGAAUGGCAGUUGUAAUUCCACUGAAAAAAGUAAUUAUCCUCAGCCUUGAUGGGGAGAUGGGGAGCAGCGGGAAAUUCCCUUCUCCCUAACCAUGUGGACUUUGCUGAAACAGCAGGAGAGGAAAUGACUGGUACCAAAAGACAGAGCCUACCCUGAAACCCCGCUUUUCAGGGUUGAAAUUGCUUUGAAUUACUUCAGCUCAUGGCAUUUGCUUUUGCAAUGCCAAGCCUAUGUUAUACCAGAGCAACUUCCAGCUGAGAAUAUUUUCGCACAGCUCCUGGUGGAGCCUCAUCCAGAGGGAGAGAGAGACUGUCUCUCCUUUGGCUCGCUCGGUUGAGCUGUUGCCUAGAGACCACAAGGUUCCACUUGGGACUCAUGGGGGAGGGCCCUCAGGGGGCCUAGUUUAUGUCUCAGCUUUAUUAACAUGCAGGCUGCACAGACAGUAGCCGGGGAGGGGGGAGGGAUUACUAAUUAGCUAUGUCUGCUCUUGUGUUGGCUUAUAGGGACCAACAAUACCUGCACUGAAGUUGUUUAGGAAACAAUAUUUGGAUCUGAUCCUUAGUUAUCAGUGGGACUAACUGAUGGCAAACUAGUAAAGAUAGGUCUGGUUGGACCAGUUCAUUUGUAAAAGAAGUAAAGGAGAAAAAGAGAGACAGAGACAAAGACAGAGACAGAGAGGCAGACAGACAGAGAGAUUGAUUUCCUUCCUUAGUCUUGAAUUGAACCUUAUCAAAAUGAGGAAUAAUGCUAUAAAAUCUCUCCUGCUUCGUUUUUGCAAAUUUAUUUUGGCAUACCUUUGCAAGUACACACUUGGUGCAACUGUAGCCAAGAUAAAACUGCAAAGUGAACGGAUAAGAGAACUUAUAUCAAUGUAAUAUUCUUGACACCAAGUAAUGUGCAUUGUAAUAAAAAUGACAAGCAUAUAAGUUUCUUUUCAACCACCAAAAAUAAAUGUAGUUGCUGUAUUAAUCAUUUGGUACUUCAUAAAACUGAUUCAACUUGGAUCAGCUAAAACAACUCAUUUGAAACAGUCGAGGUUUUGCUGAAGAUGUCUCUGCCAUUUACAAAUCAUUUCUCUCUCUGUGAAGAUGAAUUGUCCCCCUGAUUUGCAUGUAAAAUUCUCAAAGGAGGAGGGAUAAGAAUGGACCAAAGAUAACUUCAGGUUCUUUAUUUAUAUGGAUGAAUGGAGGAAACACUGUAAAUGCAUACUGGUUAAUUAAAAUAGCCAGUUUCACUUCUAAGUUAAUGAACAUAAGGAAAGGCUGAAUGAAUCCAGUACAGAAGAUGUAGGAUUCUCUGAGACUUGGAUACAUUGGACUACUUUCCUUUUCAAUGCAUGUGGCUUUUCAAGGAUUUUUUUUCUUUGAGAUUUCCUUCUCCUGCUAAUGCUAACUGCUAUAACAUGUACAGAAUUAAUAGCAUAUGCAUACACUAUAUUUAAAAUAAAGGACAUACAAAAUAGCCUUGAUCAAAUAGCUAUUAUCCUGGUGGGGAAAAAAGACUUAGUAUAAUUUUUUUUUAUUUAUUUAAAAUAGGCACUUAGAAAAAAAGUCAUCGUGCAAGUUUCAGGUAUUUUGACUGAAUCAAUUCUGGCCACAGAUACAAUUUGUAUUUCCUCUAUUGAAAUCUAUAAAACUACCUAUAUAGUAAAAAGCUAAUAGGGUAUGUGUGGAAUAAAGUGGCAUUUAGUAAAAUUGAGCAUCCCCUCUUCAGACAGAAACUAGUCAGAUGACCAUUGCCACAUAUCAUUCAAAUAUCAAUUUCAAUGGACAAUGAUUUCUUAAAUUCAUUCUAUCAUUUUUAAUUAUGAAAGUUUACACUUGAUAUCCCUUGUGGAAUGACAAAGAGGUGAAUUUAUUGUUGGCAGUAGCCUCUAUGGAACCAAUUUACUGCACAUAAUAUCUUUAUGGUACAUAUUAAAGAUAUUUUUAUAUAAGCUAGAUUUUUGUCCCAUUGCCUUUACCCAAUAUUUCAAAAACUUUUAAAAAAAAAUAAUUUCAUUUAUCACUAAAAUAUUCCAGUAAUCUCUUUAAAUUAGCAUAAUGAUGGCUAUAGGAAAGAGGCAAUACUAUUUCAGUGGGACUGAGGAGUAGCCUUUUGUUUUAUGUAUUAUUUUUAAGUACCUAAAAAUACUCAAAAUGAAGGCAGUAUAUGUUUAAACAACUUUAUCAAAAUGGCCACGCCCAAUGUUUUUCUAAUUAUUUACUAGUUCAAUACCUGUUCUUCUCCCUCCCAACCCCCAAGUCUUUACAAAGAAGAUAAAAUACGCAGUUGGUCACACAUUAACCAUCAUAAAAGGGGAUACACUGCCUUAGUGAACCUCUCAAAUGCUGACAUCUCUCUCUUUGACAUUUGUAAGCUAUGGAACUUAUGUAAUACAAUUUAGAAUGAAAAGAAGAUAAACUAGACUUCACAGUGAUCAUGGCAGGAGGAGUGGGGUGGGGGGUGGAGGAAGACCCAAGCAAGACAGCAAUUAUAGGCUAGAUUAAGAUUUUUUUUUCCUGAACUCUCUGCUGAAGUAUUUGGGGUUGCUUGUUGCACCAUUCCGAUCUCAGUUCCCUAAUGAGAUGUCCUUAAUAUUCUGACUUUGGAUUAGAUUAAAAUGGAAAAACAGAAAAAGGCAGAGUACCAGCUUUAUACUGCCUUGGAAGAAUGCAAAGGAGGAUUGUUUCAGACCAGGCAAAGAUUUGUUGUUCUCUCAAUUUCUGGGAAUGAUUUAAUAGGAAAAAUUUGUAACAAAAUUGUCUUGCAGUAGAUAAUAAGAUAGUGAAAUGAGACCUGCAUAUGAGUUGUUCACCACUAUGUAGAUGUAAUGUCAUUUGAGGGUUAUGUUGGGGGCUAAUUUCUAAACAGAGGCAUCAACAGACUCAUGAACAUUCUCUGCAUAUAUAAAUAAAAAAUUAUGCAGGGUUAGACUUCUGGCCCCCCUUUCAUGGAGCUUCCCCAAGCCUCUGUUUCAAAAUUCCAUUUUUGGCAUUUUUACCACCUUGCCUGAAUCUUUCCUACAGUUGCAGAUACACUAAGAAGUAUCAUAGUAUUUGUAUAAGUGAAGUGAUUUUUUUUGCAUAUGUAUUUUCCAAUUGGUCAUAGAAUUUUAGGGAUAAAAGGGAUCUAAUCUCUUUAUUGUACAGAUGGGGAAAGUGAGACCUGAAGAGAUUAACUGAUUUUCCCUAGGUCAUAUAAUUAGUAGUGGCAGAGCUGUGACUAGAACAGAUCACCUGGUUCUCAGUGCAAUACUCUUUCCUUAAUUUGGACUGCAAUUAUAUUGCUUCCCAUCUUCCUUUUUAGUCUUCCCUAUACUCUUUUUAUCAGCUACCAAUGAAGGAAGAGAGUAACCAAGUGAAUUUUUUGACUCUUUUUCUGUUCCAACCUUCACUUAGCUCAUCUCUGAAUAUUUUAAUAGAGCACUUCAUUAUGAUUAUCACUCAGAACUCAAUUGCUGCCAUCAUAGGUUUUUGCUAUUGUUUUUUCUAGAGCCAGCCAAAAACUUUGCAGGCACUAUUAGUUUUUAUAGUAUGUUAUAGAUAAUUACCAAGUUCUGUGUGUGAAGUUAGAAUUUAUUGACCCUGAAUGAUAAUUAAUUUAGAGGAUUUCAAAUUGCUAUGCUCUGUAUUCCUAGAGAUUCAUCAUAUUGUGAUUGUGAUUACUAUUACUGUUUAACCAUUUCUGCAGCACUUUAUGUUGUAAAUAUGUUGCAAUCAUUUACACACCCUUGUUAGGCAAAUGUUAAUAUUACAUAGACGGCUGGACGGCUUUGAAUUACAAAGGAAAAUGGGAUGAUUUUUUAUUUUACCUGAAAGUUUCUACUUUUUGGUAUCAUGAGGCUUUUUAUUUUCCCUCACAUGCGCAAAAGCUUUUAAAAAUAUAAUGUAAAUGAAAUUGAAUUUAGGUAUUAUUGGUAAAUAUGAUAUUUUAAAAGAAACAAGAAAAUUUUAGGUCUAAAUUUUGCUGUUAUGAUUUUCCUGCCUCUUUACCUUUAGGGGACCUUGACUUUUCAUCAUUAUUUAAAGGAGAAAUGAGAUUAGCUUGAAAGAGAAGAAUUUCUAUUUUCUUCUAUAUGUGUAUUUGAUGAAUCAUUUUAUGUUAUCCACUGUGCUUGUUUUCAUGUAAGAGUUGCCAAGAGAAUAGCUAAGUUUUAAAGUAACUUUUCCUUUUCUGGUUCACAAAUUUCUCCAAGAAAAAAAAGCAUUUCUAUCCAAUUUUAAUAGUUGGUUUAUUCAAAUUCUAACCAAACAUUUCAUUGUUUGGAGACAUGCAGUUCAAUAAGACCUGAAAAUAGACCAAAUUCAUUCAAUUUCUUGACAGUCUUACAUGAAUAACUUGACAAACUGCAUCAUUUCCAAUGACAGCUUUUCUGGACAAAUGAAAGCAGAGUGUAAAUACAAUCUAAUUGUCAUAUCAAUGUGUCACCAUGUUGGGGUUUUAUGGCCCCCUUGACUCAACUAAGUUUCCUGUAAGUUUAUGUGCAUUCCUAUUUUAAGAAAAUCUGAUACACAGAAAUAUUCAAAAAGCAAAAAAGGGAUAACAAUUUGAAUUACAAAAGUAUUCUUGUAAGAUCCCUUUAAUUAAAAGAUCAUCUAGUGUGUUUAUUUGCUGGCCAUUAACAUAAAGAUUGGGAGGCACAGAAAUUUAUAGCUAGAAUAUUAGGAUUUCCUUGCCAAUUCAAGUUCAGUUAGAAAGAAGAUAUUUCUGAAGUUCAUAAUGUAAGUUAAUUGGAAAGCAAAAUUUGAUUUACAAAUUUUUGUUUCACAUACAUCCUUUCAUGUAUAAAUCACGUUAAACUUUUGUACAUGCUUUUAAUAAUUAAAAAUAAAAACAUAGCCAUACGGCUCAAAAAGAAGGUCCAACUCUCUGUAAAGGGAAUUAAGCAAUCUUCCUGGUUGUAGUCAGUCCUCAGCUUCUAACAGUUAACAUUAUAUCACUGUGCCAGUAAAACCUAAAUCUUUAGCUAUCUCUUACAACAAACUGCACAAACUUCUUGACCUGAUCAAUUUGCCCAAGUUUGUCUAUCUACAGCUCCCUCCUGGGGGUCUCCCUGUUUGCUCUUCACAGAUUUUCCUGGAGUUAUCAAUGGCUUUUGAUGCCACGUACAUCCCUACUCUGGAAUGAUUUCUUUGUAGUUCUAUAGCCCUUCAUCUCAUUCAACUUUCCAGGGAAUUUUUGAUAUAAAUUAAAUUAGAGGUCAAAUAGUUGGUUGCUAUGUUUACCUAUUUAACUGCUUCAUAAACAUUUUUUUAAAAUUCCAUAUGAGUACGCUAGGUCUUUUAUAAUUGAUUAAACAAUUGAUUCAAUAUUAUUUAGGUUUAUUUCAGCAAAAACUUAAAUAGGUUCUUGGUUAAGAACAUAACUCACUAUUAUAUAAUUGUUUCUAUGGAAAAAAUCAGAUUCAAUUUAUAUUGUUUUGAUUUGCAAUUUCCUUUUCAAGACUGUACCCACUGUAAGUUUGAACACUGACAGUACUUAAAUGUUAAUUGAAACAUUUAAAAUGGAAUGGAAAAGAUUCACAAUCCCCAAAACAAAAAUGAACAUUUCUGGCAAAAAGAAAAAGAAAGAAAGAAAGAAAAGAAAUCACAUAGUGAAGAGAUGGCAAUAAAAUUAGGACAUUAAAUUUUUAAAAUUUUUUUGAGUGUUUUUCCCCUUGCCGAAAAGGCUGGCAUGUUUAGUUGAAAUCAACUAGUAUCUCUUGAAUUUACAGUUUCCAUGUCCAGCUCUAUACUAAAUAAAAUGAAUCUAAUACCAUAGGUCCAAUGUUUGUUAUUCAUAGUCCUAUGAACAUUGCAAAAGUUUGAAAAACACAAAAAGAAAAAAAAAGUAUAGGUAUAAAACUUGAAUGAUACUUUUAUGCUUUUAAAAAUACAAGCAUGGAAAGAUGGACAGAAGAAUUUAUUUAUUCAUGAUUUUGCAUGAUUAGCAUUUUGGAUAAUGGAAUUAAUGUUCUUUAAUGUAUGACUACUUAAUGCAAUUACCAUUGUACAAUACUGUAACUUUGGUUUCUUUACUUUAUGUUACCAUGUGAGGAAGUUUCUGUAACUACAUAAUUAAAUAGAAUUCUGACAAUCAUACACUGAUAACCUUUAAAAUGUCACCCAUUACCUCACUUGCUAGCUUGCUAUUUUCAAAUAAAGGUGAAAGUUUGCCCUUUAUUAAAGAUAAGGUUACAAAGAA